AAAAAAAAAUUGGAAAAUUAUUUUUCUAACAGAAAUUAAUAGAGUCAAAGUGCAAAACCUAAACUCUCAUAACUUCACAUUUUUUCUAGAUAGAAUUUUUGAAACAUUUGUGUUCUUGGUAUAUUAACUUACUUUCUCAGGGACGCGAGUUCUGGCGCACCCUGUAUGUAUAGUGAUCUGAAUUUAUGAUAAGUAAGGUAUGUUACGCCCAUUUAGUGCCUUAAUUAAUAGUUUGUUUAAAACAGAGCUUGUAAAGUAAAAUUCGACAUAAAUCUUUCAAAAAUACUAAUACUGAAUACUAAAAAUUGCAAUAGUAAAAUUUUUCUGUUUUCUGUGUGCUUGAUAGCUAAUAUAAGAAAAAAUACAGUCUAUUCUCUAUUUAGUCAUUUUUUCGUUUUUGAAACAACUGUAUCCUCGAUUACCUAUAGUAAUAAUUAAUAAUGAAAUAAGUAGCAAUAGAAUAUUUUUCUGACGAUUUGUGUCCUAAGAACUAAUGUUUAAGAUUGAUUGAAAAUUUUAUCCAUAUUUUUAUCGGAAAAGCUAACUAUCAUAAAAAUAAUUUUAGUUUGCCAUGAAAUAAAAAUAUUUUUUUUUUACUUUUAUAAUCUAGAUAGGUUGAUAGGUAUAUAUUAUUAUUAUUAUCACUUGAAUGGUUAGCAAAGCUAAUUUUUACAAAUAAUCCCACGUUCUAUAUUAAUAUAUCUACUUAAACGUUUAUUUUCUUAUGUAGGUUGAGUGGUACUUUCUUUUAUAGUAACUUUUACUAGUAAAACUUAUUUAUAUUUUAUGGUAUUUUUUUAAGAAUGUGACAACAAUCGAUUUGAAAAUGAAAACAUUUUUAACAAAGUUUGACAUAACGGUAGCGUGUUGAUUUUUUAACAUAAAUAAGCUACCUACAAUUUCAACUUUAAAGAUAAAGAUAAAAAUACAAGAAGCCAUUUAAAUCAUGCAUUUCUUCACUAAAAGCUUAACGGUACCACAUUCCAUGAAUCCUAUUUUAUUGAUUUUUGGGUGAAAAUUGUUCCAAUUUAACUUAUGAUUCACAGUGCUCAAAGGAGUACCCAAAUUGCAAACAAUUUUAAAAUCCAGAAAUUAUUCGAAAAUAAAUGUAAGUAUUUGCUAUUCCAACUUUAUCUUUUAACAAAGCCGUUGUAAUUGCACUUGUAUCAAUAGGUACCGGUAAAAAUCUAGUUUCUAGUUGGCCAUCCUCGGUCAUCCACAUCACCAAGUAGUUUCAUAAUAAAAAGAAAAAAGAUUCUUUCGUAGGGCUUAUAUAGAAGAGCAGGCCUCUUGUGAACUCAUUUUAAGUUUAAACUUGAUUACUGUUUGUGACCAAAAUGAUAAAGGAAAUAAUAAGCGUUACACUUUUCAUGAUGUGCUGCUCUGCAUUGCCGAUGCCGGCACAACCUUUGCAGAAAGUUGUUGCAGUAAUCGUUCCUCCUGAAACCGUCAAAAGCGGUAACAGUGCUGAAAUUUUCGCUACAGCAGAGACUGGGUGGAGGAAUAGAGGGGGACUUGGAGGAGGAAUUGGUCAAGGAACUGGAUGGAGAAAUAGAGGGGGAGGAUUUAUGGGAGGAUAUUUGAAUUAUGGGGGUGGUUGGAAAAAGGGAGGAUUUUACAGGGUGGGCUAA